AUGGUCUGCCCGCCCGAAUCGCCCGUCACCAAGGCUAGCUCCAGCGAGGAGGCCACCACGCCUACUCCUGGUAGUCCCGAAAGCCUAUCCGUGGCCACGCCCGCGGGCCACUUCGAUCGUCCUACUAAUCCCACCCCCAACAGUUCCAAGAACAAGGGUAAGGGUAUCAUGGCUCCUCCCGUCACUCCCAAGAACCCCGAGAGCCGAUCUUUUCUCUCGCCCGGGCAGCCCAGCACCGUUUCGUCUCUCACUCCGCGCAGCGUGAACAUCCGCCAGGUCGCUACCUCUCCCGACGGCGUGGUCUUCACGUUUAGCUCUCCUGAGACUCGUAGCGUCGCGUCUCCCUGCGAGUCCUGGGAUAACGCGAUUACCUUCCGUCAGUGCGAUGACGUCCAGUUUGCUACACCCAGCGGCAGCAACCAGACUGUCGUCACUCAUCGUCAGGGUUCGACUGGUAUCCGAUCUUGGUUCACCGUUCCUGACUCAGCUGACUAUGAUGUCGAGCAGCAGUCACUUCUCAACGGCCCUCUGUCCUUGACGGUGCCCCAGCGCCACGACUACGGCACACUACCUCGCCUCACACACGCAGACAUCCACCCCGACUUCUGGGACUGCUUCUCCGAGGCCGAGAUGCUGAUCAUCUGCGCCCUGCUCGUCGGAAUCGUCCUGUGUAUUAUAUGGACUAUGAUCGAUGUCGUCACAAGCUACUGA